UUCAUACUGGGAAAGCAGUCUCCCCGAGCCAUAGUUCAAUCCCAUCCUUACUAAGUUCCAAGCAAAGGCUUCUAACUUGGAGUUUUUUCUAGCCCAGCAAAGCCUUGUCACCUGAAAAGAACUGUCACUCUAGGCAAUUUUAGCUAGUGAUUGGAUAACCUUAGCUGUGAGUCACAAGGCAGAGAUGUUCCUGGAGGUGGCCCAUUAGGGAUGCUGGGGUGGAACUGUCCUCACCAACUCUGUUCCUCCCUUUCCGGGCCCCAUGUGCUCUGCUCAAAAAGCCUAGGUGAUUCUGAGCAGCCAGUGUCCCCGAGAUCUCUGGUGUCUGGAGGUUCCUCGAGAGAAUACCAGGUCCCCAAGGAAGACAGAAAUGUUCUCAGUGACCUUUGAGGAUGUGGCUGUGAAGUUCACCCAGGAGGAGUGGGCAUUGCUGGAUCCUUCCCAGAGGAACCUUUACAGAGAUGUGAUGCUGGAAGUCCUCAGAAACCUGGCUUCUAUAGAAAACAAAUGGUAUGAAAAAAACACUGAAGAUGAGGUCAAAAAUUCUGAGAUCAUUCUAAGGCACAUCACAUCUCACUCUGAACACAAAUGCUACAAGCCUGAGGAAUGUGAAGAGAAGCCAUGUGAAUUUAAACAGCACAGGCAAUCCCUGGUUUCUGUCAAAAGUGUUCACACACAAAUGUUAAUACAAACUGGAGAUGGACCCUAUGAAAGUACAGUAUGUGGGAAAGUCUCCAGUUGUUCCAGUGACAUCCAAAGGCAUGAAGAUACUCAUACUGGGUGGCAACCCUACGAAUAUCAACAAUGUGGUGAAGCCUCAUCUUCUCCCACAGGUGUUCAAAGACACAUGAGAACACACAGUGGAGGUAAACCUUUUCAAUGUGAGGUAUGUGGGAAAGCCUUUCAUUUCUCCUCUUCAGUUAGAAGACAUGAAAGAAUUCAUUCUGGAGAGAAACUCUAUCACUGUAAACAAGGUGGUCAAACCUUUAUUUCACACACAAGUCUUCAAAGGCACAGGAUCACACACACAGGGAAUGCACAUUUUAAACGUAAGGUAUGUGGGAAAGACUUUGCUUAUCCCAGUUUACUUAGAAUACAUCAGAGAACCCAUACUGGAGAGAAGCCCUAUGAAUGUAAGCAGUGUGGGAAAGCCUUUGCUAGAUCCAGUGAACUUCGCAUACAUGAAAGAACUCAUACUGGAGAGAAGCCCUAUAAGUGUAAGCAGUGUGGGAAAGCCUUUGUUACAUCCAGUCACCUUCACUCACAUGAAAUAACUCAUACUGGAGAAAAGCCCUAUGAAUGUAAGCAGUGUGGCAAACCCUUUGCUAGAUCCACUGACCUUCAGAUUCAUGGAAGAACACAUACUGGAGAGAAGCCCUAUGAGUGUAAGCAGUGUGGCAAAGCCUUCAGUCAUUUCUCUGGCCUUCACUCACAUAAAAAAAUUCAUACUGGAGAGAAGCCUUAUGCAUGUGAUCAGUGUGGCAAAGCCUUUGCUAGGUCCAAUACCCUUCACAGACAUGAAAGAACACAUACUGGGGAGAAGCCCUAUGAAUGUAAGUAUUGUGGAAAAGCCUUUGCUAGUUCUAGUUACCUUCCCAAACAUGAAAAAUCUCAUACUGGAGAAAAGCCCUAUGAAUGUGAGCAGUGUGGCAAAGCCUUUUCUACAUCCAGUUACCUUCAGAUUCAUGGAAGAACACAUACUGGGGAGAAGCCCUAUGAAUGUAAGCAGUGUGGAAAAGCCUUUGCUAGGUCCACUUCCCUUCAGAUUCAUGGAAGAAUGCAUACUGGAGAGAAGCCCUAUGAGUGUAAGCAGUGUGGAAAAGCCUUCACUUAUUUCUCUGGCCUUCAUGCACAUAAAACAUUUCAUAUUACAGAGAAGCCUUAUGCAUGUAAGCAGUGUGGCAAAGCCUUCACUCGUUCCUCUGACCUUCACUUACAUAAAAAAAUUCAUACUGGAGAGAAGCUUUAUGCAUGUAAGCAGUGUGGCAAAGCCUUUGCUAGUUCCAGUGAACUUCAAACACAUGGAAGAACACAUAUUGGAGAGAAGCUCUAUGGUUGUAAACAAUGUGGAAAAGCCUUUGUUACAUCUGCUCAGCUUCACUUACAUGAAGCAACCCAUAGUGCAGAGAAAUCAGACUCAUGAAAACAAGUGGCAAAGUCUUCUGUUAAUAAGGUUUCACUCAUUAUCAUGUAGUAAGUUUUCUGAAGAAAAAUUCUUUGAAUGUGGUAAAUCAAUAUUUCUUGUCCAUUUCAAAGAGAAGAAAGUGCUCACAUGUUUGAAUAUCUAUCUGUCAUCUAUCUAUCUAUCUAUCCAUCUAUCUAUCUAUCUAUCUAUCUAUCUGUCUGUCUAUCAAUAGUACUGGGGAUUUAGUCUGGUGGUCAUCUAUCACAGAGCCACAGUGAAGGCGAUCUCCCACUCACUCUCUUGACAGGGUCACAGUGAGGAUGAAUGCUGGCAAAGCCGCACUGGUUGGUGGGAAACAGAAAGCAUGAGACCCUUUUUUAUAUAAUUGGGACUUUUCAUUUUCAUGCUUAUGUUUCUGACAGGAGG